UGAGUUUUGCUAUCCAUGAGCUUGGACUAUCGGUAUAUAAGGCCCAGAGUGGACACCCGUUGCAGUGUGUCUUCUGUUGCCACACGAGACGCACGCAGCUCCUCCCAGGGUUCAAAGCAGUGCAGCAAAAUGGCUUUGAUUUGCCUUCUGAUGCUGUUCGUGGCCGCCGACGCCGUCCCAGUGAGGCAGAGCCAAGGCUGCAAUUUCUACAUCAGUCUUCCCGCUAAUGGAUCAACCAGUAUGACGCCUCCCACUUGCAACACAUUUGAGCCUAGACAAUGUACUUACGUGGCAGACUCACCUGCUGGCACCACCAUCCAGAUGCAGUGCACCAUUAACAUACAAUCCGGCUCCUUCUUCUCUUUCUUUCCGAGUGGAUCCAUUGCAUCCUCUUACAUCUACUGGACCUUCGUUGCGGGAGAUAUCCAGGAAGUCACAGAUAGCAACGAGUUCCUAGUUGUGUUAACCGAUAACUGUAACACUUUUUUCUCCUGCACGCUGGUUGUGCUCGGUGGCGCCUCGGCCAAUACAACAGAUCCUCCCACAACCACCUCUGCUGAUCCAACAACAACCUCUGCUGAUCCAACAACAACCCCUGCUAAUGAAACAUCACCCCCUAACACCACGUCAGCAACACCCUCCAACAACACCGACUGUGACUGCGGAAUCAAAAACGAAGAGCGCGUAGUUGGUGGCCAGGAAGUGAGCGUGAACGAAUGGCCGUGGCAUGCGGGACUGAGAAGGAUAUCGGACCAGGUCGUCUUCUGUGGGGCAGCACUUAUACACCCUAGAUGGUUAGUGACAGCCGCUCACUGCUUGGUAUAUCAGCCGACGGCUAUAGUUGCGCUACUGGGCUACCAUGACGUGACGCAAGCGGAUGCAAGUGCAUAUGCUAUCACUGUAACCAUUGCUUCUACAAUGCAGCAUGAAGCAUACGACGCAACUACAGUAGACAACGAUAUAGGUCUUGUUCAACUUGCGACUGCCGUUGCCUUCAACCAGGGCAUCCGACCGAUUUGUCUGCCGUUUUCCUUCGUCAACGAAGAUUUCCAGAAUGAAAUCGGCGUCGUGACAGGCUGGGGCACAACCUCUUACCUGGGAAGCGUAAGUAACUUGCUGCUGGAUGUAGAACUACCGGUUCUUACGACUGGUGAGUGCACGGGAUUCUACGGAGAUCGAAUCACAGACAACAUGAUCUGUACAUACGAGCCAGGGUUCGACGCCUGCCAAGGAGAUUCCGGGGGUCCUCUCUCGUGGCUCUCUGGAGGGAAAUAUUACCUGAUCGGCAUCGUGUCCUGGGGAGAAAACUGCUCGGAGGUCAACUAUCCAGGAGUCUAUGCCAAAGUCACCAAGUAUACCGGUUGGAUAACGGACAAAGUAGCCGAUGAAAUUUGCUCGCCAUAGGAAAAAAAAAGAAAUAAAAAAAA